GGGAAAUAUGUGUAAGACUGUCUGGGUCAGCUUUCGACCAAUGAAAUCCGCACCGGCACUGUUUCAGGUUUUCACGGUUUCUGCCUGUUCAUAUCGCCGUUUGGACAUGCAUACUAUCUUUCUACUUUAAAACGUUCUUGGCUACAUAAUUAUUUAUAUGAUGAUAGAGUUCUUCUCAUAGAGCCGAUUUGAAAUGUUCCACUGCCCCCAAUACACCAGCUUACUGACCAGCGCAUGGCAAGAAUAAAGUAAAAUUAUUUUUUAAAUGUUUUUCGGUCGGACGGAACUUGGAUUUUCCUUCCGUUUACCAUAUCGAUCCAUAUCCGAACACACACGACAUAUGAAGGACGUCAAUAAACCGCAAGCGCGUCCAAUACAGCAGCCACUAUUAGUCUCGCCUAGGGAACGAGCUUUGAGAAACAGUGUAUCGCAUAGUAUCCUACCCGUAUCGUUAUCUACCACUUCUCUACCGGGGCUGGUGAAUUAUGCAUUCGGAUCCCCAUCCUCUCGAAAAGAAGAAUGGCAUCAGGAUAGCCAUGCCCAAUCCACCACCAGUAAAUCUAACCAUGAAAUAGAGCGUCGAAAGAGUGCCUUGCGAAGACGGAAUUCGUUCAGUAAUUUUCUAUCUUACAAGGCACAAAAUGCUAGCAUGGACGAGUCCGAUGUCUAUCUACCACCCCUCAGCACAAAGCAAAGCCGGCAUCGGCCCAGAUCCUUGUCAGAGUAAGUGAAGUGACUACUAUGAAAGAGGCCAAAAAAAAAAAAAAAACUGCGCACGCGUGAUAACACCCUCUGUAGGGUUGUAUCCAUUGUAUCGCAAGUCGAGCAAGCACCCCCGGUAGCAACGACGACCAAAACG